GAUAUCAAAACAAUCAAUAUUUCGUCUAUUUUUGUCCAGUUUGUCAAUACAAGUGAACAAGGUAGCGCGUUGAUAUGGAUCACCCGGCUUUUGUUGAUGCGGGGACCAGCCCGGGACUCGAAAUAUGGACCAUAGACAAAUUCGAGCCAGUUGCCGUCGACUCGAAAAUGUAUGGAAAAUUCUACAAUGGUGACUCGUAUAUCAUUUUAAAGACAACAGGAGACGGUAACUCAGCCCUGUCGUACGAAGCCCACUUUUGGCUCGGCGCUAAAGCCACACAAGACAAGAAGGGAUCUGCAGCGAUCCUGACGGUCACUCUCGACGACAUGCUUGGCGGGAGAGCGGUCCAGCACAGGGAGGUGCAGGGCCACGAGUCCAGCCAGUUCUUGGGGUAUUUCCAACCAGCCAUCAGGUACAUAGAGGGCGGCAACGAGUCCGGCUUCAACCAGGUGGAGAUCAAUGCGGGCGCUGAGAAACGGCUGCUGAGGCUGUCGGGCUGCGACAAUAUGAGGAUAGAUGAGGUGCCGGCUGACAUCACGUCGCUCACCAAAGACCACUGCUUCAUUCUAGAAGAGGACCGCGAUAUCCUGGUGCUGAUACCGGAAGGCGCGAAAGCCACGCUGCGCGGGAAAAUAAUCGCGGUCGCUAACAACCUCCGAUAUGAGGAGCACAAUGGCAGAGCCACGAUAUACAUCAUUGAUGAGUUCGCGUCUGAUGAUGAGAUUGACUUAUUCUUCCGGGUCCUCGGGUCAGGUUCAAAGGAUGACAUUCAGGACGAUGACUCCUCUGAGGGUUACGCCCGCGCAGACAUCAAUACAGUUUACCUGUACAAGGUGAUACUGGGCGAUGACAUCGACCUGCUCACACUUAACAAACCCUUCAAACAGAAGCAGCUGGCGUCUGAUGAGGUGUAUGUCCUGGACACUCCCUGCAGCGGUAUCUACAUCUGGUUGGGCGCCGACGUCGACGCGGACACAAAAAAGAACUAUUACGAUAUUGUUCAGAAAUACUUGGAUGCGAAGGGCUAUCCAUCUUGGGUGCACGUGACCAGGGUGUCAGAAGGCAAGGAGUGCUCCAACUUCAAGCAGUACUUCCACAGUUGGGACACGCUCAGCUCAUUCUCUGCCAAGAGCUGUAUGGCCGACAGCGAUGCCGGCUAUUACUCCGGGGACGCUGAUGAGGCGGCGGCGAGCGCGAAGCAGAUCGGAAAGAGCGCCUCCGCGAGAGGGUACAUGCCUGACCAGGGAGACGGGACCCUCACAGUCACCAGAUUCGCCGGAGGGGACAGCGAGGAUGUGACAGAGAAGUUUGAGUCAGGUCUAUCCAUUCUGUACCAGAGUGAAGUCUAUAUUAUCAAGUACCAGUUCACGAACGACGAUGGCAAUGAUGCUUACGUCAUUUAUUAUUGGAUUGGCGCCGACGCGUCCGCAGAAGACAAGUCGUCAGCGUACGAGCUGACGUUGGAGCUGGAAGAAGAACUAGGCGACGGUGUGACUUUUGUGAAGGUGCCACAGGGCAAGGAGCCCAAACACUUCCUCACCAUAUUUAAAGGAAACCUGGUCAUCCUUUUCGGCAGCAAGGACGACGAGUACAAACCAACAAACGCGAAGCAAUCCUACGAUGACGACAAUAUUCGUUUAUUUAGGGUGGAAGGCACAGAGCUGGGAGUGGACAUGCGAGCGGCUCAAGUGGUGGAAUCUGCUUCAGUUCUAGAGGACGACGACGUGUUCGUUCUGGAAACUGCUGGAGCUGUCUACCUGUGGACCGGGAAGGAAUCCGAUGCAAAAGAAGCGGAGGCCGCUCAAAAGUUCGUUCAACUUGUGGUCAGUGACGGUAAGGUUGUUGUGGUCGUGGAGCAGGGCAGCGAGCCUGACGGAUUCUGGGAUGCUCUGGGAGGAGCUCCCGACGAGAAGGAGGACCCCUCCGGAUGGAAGCUGACUCUCAACCGGCGCGUCACCGCGCCGCGCACGCUGACAGCUGUCACUGUCACUGUCACCGGCAAGAUCAAGUUUGAGGAGUUGCCGCUGGAGUACACGCAAGAGGAUUUGUCUGACGAUGGAAUCUACAUCAUGGACACAGGAGAGGAGCUGUACCUGUGGCAGGGCGCCAACACUCCGGGCAGAGCCCGCGCUGUCCGGAGUCAGAUCAUUAAGGAAUACAUAGAAGACGACGGGUUGGAGCGCACCGUGGAGUCCGCGCUGGUGGUGUCGCUGCGGCAGGGCAGCGAGCCGCGGGUCUUCAGGAAGCUGUUCCCGACGUGGGACCGCGACAUGUGGACCAACCAAGAUACAUAUGAAGACCUGAAAAACAACUGCUUGCAAGGAAAUAUUUAAGAUUGAUAACACCGUGUGAUGUAAAUUACUAGUUUAUUAACACAAAAUAUAAUUAUAAUGUAACACAAUCAUGAACAAAAAUAUAACUUACUUUUAUUAAA